UUGAUAAAUCACGUUUGGUUAAAAUUAUAUUUAAAAUAAAUUUAUUAAUUAAAUUAUUAAUAAUAUUAUUAUUAUUAAUAUGUUGAUCAUAUUUAAAAUAACUAAAUAUAAUUAUUUAUAAAUUUUUGAAAUAUUUAAAAGAAAAUAUUAAAUUAAUGAGAUAAUUCUAAAACCCUAAGUUUAAUAUCCUACCCUCACAUGUUCCCCGCGCGUGCUCGCGGCGCCGUCUCUGGUUUUCUCCACCGCAGCAGCCUCCCCUCUACUUGCAAGAAGCUUCGAGCUGCCGCAAUUGCCGCCGCCGCCUUCCCGUCUUGUCCAAGCCGCGACCAUCAUCGCUCGGCCCCGCCGACGCUGCCUUCCGCCAUGACCACCACCACGUCGCGUUCACUGCUCUCCCCGCCGAGAGUUUCGUCGCCGCUGCUCUCCCUGCCGUAAGCUUCGUCGAUUCCGCUCCAGUUAGUACGCUAGCGCUGCCACUGCGGAUUCCUGUGCUCCGCCAGCGUUGCUCGGUUGUUCUCGGUUCCCCGCCGAUAACAGCCAAAGCCGCCGCUUCCAUUUCCCCACCGCAAACCUCCGGCCGACACCCACUGCUGUCGUCUGAUACACAGAGUGAAGGUUAUUGCAUUGACAGAGGAGCUUCUGACAACUGCAAAGCCAACAGAUUUUCAUCGGCUUGAUUCUGUUGCAUCUCCCAACACUCAUUUUGAUGGGACAUCUCACUCCAAGGCAUCAUCUGAAUAUUCUCAGCCAUAUGGAAGUUUUCCUGUUGGUACUAAAGUCCAAGCAGUUUGGAGCGAAGACGGGGAAUGUUGAAUGUUCAGGUAUGAUGCAACCAUUGAAUCUAUUACUCCUAAUGGAUAUUUUGUCUCCUAUGAAGUCUGGGGAAACACGGAGGAGGUGGAUUUUGCUAAUGUUAGGCCAGUUGAAGAGGUGAAUGCAUUACUAGAAGCUGAAAGGGAAGCUGAAGCUACCAGACAGGCUAUCAAAAG